AAAUAGAGUUAAUAUGUCUGCCUGUAGCAACAGCAGUCGUCGAGUGGUGUCUAGUGUGUGUAGUCUGCGGAGAGGACAGGCGAUGGCGGCAGUGAGUGUGAGACAGGCGUUUUCGUCCACUUCCACUUCGGCCAACUUCAGUAUCUACAGAUGGGAUCCAGAACAGGAAGCCAAACCACGCAUGCAGGAUUACAAAGUGGACAUGAGUUCUUGUGGUCCUAUGGUGUUGGAUGCGCUGAUCAAGAUCAAGUCUGAGACAGACCCCACCCUCACCUUCAGACGUUCGUGCAGAGAAGGCAUCUGUGGCUCCUGUGCGAUGAACAUCGAUGGAACGAACCAGCUGGCCUGUCUCUGCAAGAUAGACACGACCAAGACCACCAAGAUCUACCCUCUGCCACACAUGUAUGUUGUGAAGGAUCUGGUACCCGAUAUGACCAACUUCUACGCACAGUACAGGAGCAUUGAGCCGUUUCUGAAGAAGAAGAGUGAGAUGAAGGUGGGGGAGAAGCAGCAGUACCAGUCGGUGGAGGACAGGGAGAAGUUGGAGGGGCUGUACGAGUGCAUCCUGUGUGCCUGUUGCUCCACCUCCUGUCCCUCCUACUGGUGGAACAGUGACAAGUACCUGGGCCCAGCUGUCCUUCUGCAGUCAUACAGGUGGAUGGUGGACAGUCGUGACGAGUACACGAAGGAGAGGCUGGAUGCGAUGAGGGAUAAGUUCAGUGUGUACAGGUGUCACACCAUCAUGAACUGCACCAAGACAUGUCCGAAGGGACUGAACCCAGGCAAGGCCAUCGCCAACAUCAAGAAGAUGAUGGUCAAGAACCCCAGGGAGAACGAGACGUACGGAAAUGAAGGCCAAGGAGAGGCCACAGCCGCCACCGCAUCAGCCUGACCAAGAGAAGUGAGGCGUGAUCUGAACUGAAUGAAAUUAAAAGAAAUCAGAUGAUGGGAUCUACUUGACAAAUCUCCCCUUCCCUGUGUCACUUACUAGCAACAGCCCCUUCCGCUUCAGAAUACUUUGUUUAAUAAUCGAGUCAAAAAUAUAAAUGUUGUGAACUUGCCGACGAAUGUGAAAGGGAAUGCGAAUAAAUUGUCAAGUAGACUUCAUUGGACUUCAUGUCUUAUGAAUGAACACUCACUUUUUUCAUGUGACUAAUUUUGACAUCGAGUUCUCGACAUAGAUAACAAUCAACUUUCUUUCUUUAUUGGGAGCUUAAAUGGAUUCUUGCGUCGAGAUUAUAAUUAUGUAGAUAAGGCAGAAUUAUAGCAACAUGCGUACAUGAGAUAGAGAGUAAAUAUAUUCUUGUAGAUUACAA